AUGGAGGACCACUCCAAACACGUUCACGAGGUUGCGUUGGAUGUACGGCGGUUCUUUGAGAUUGGAGAAUCAUAUCGCGUUUUCCACGGCUCCUCCAACAGCACCCGCCCUCGGCACGGGUCACAGCAAAAUGUGGUCGACAUCAGCAUGCUGAGCAAUGUACUGCAAGUGGACACGGAGAGCCACGUCGCCCUGGUUGAGCCGAAUGUUCCCAUGGAUCGCCUCGUCGAGGCAACUCUCAUCUAUGGCCUUGUACCUCCCGUGGUAAUGGAGUUCCCGGGCAUUACGGCCGGCGGAGGGUUCUCCGGAACAUCUGGAGAGAGCAGCUCGUUCCGCCAUGGGUUCUUCAACGACACUGUCAACUCCGUGGAGAUGAUUCUUGGAAACGGAGAUAUCGAGCGGCAGGACCUUUUUCACGGAGCUGCAGGGGCGGCUGGGACCCUUGGUAUCGUGACACUCAUGGAAGUUCGACUUAUCGAAGCCAAGAAGCUAGUCAAGACAACAUACCAAAAAGUCACUGGAGUUUCAGAUGCCAUUGCAGAGGUUCAGUCACAAACCGAAAACCCCGAUGCCGGCUAUGUGGAUGCCAUCGUCUAUUCCAAGAGCACAGUGCCAUCAUUACUGGCCAGUUGA